AAAAGUGGCGCCGUCAUUGCGUCAUUUUAACGCGACAUCGUUUUAUAGUUUUUUUUGGUAACGUUAUAUUGAAGUAAAAUGACCACUACCACAAGAAACACUCACUGAUGCAGAGCCAGUGGAGGGACGAAUAAAACUGCUACAUGACUCUGAGAACUGCUGCUUAUAUUAGAAGAACUACAGUUCCCAGCAGGCCGUUCGGCUGUACACAUGUGGCGGGGAGCCUCGGACAACAGACGGCGGCAUCAUGUCUGUGUUUAUGGAUUUAAACCUGAGCUACACGGCGGACAGGAGCGCCCUGCAGAGUAUGGUGGACACGGCUGCUCACCUCGGUUUCUCCACAGUCGCCAUCAACUACUUGUUUGAACCCACGGCCAAAAAGAAACAGGAAAUCCCCACCCCCACGCCGAUCAAUGAGCUGAUCGAUCAGCUGCCGAUCGUACAGGGCCGCUCUCGUCCAAUCAGAGUGCUGAACAGACUGACAGUUGUGAUGUCAGACUCCAGUCACUUUAGGCCGACUGCUCCAGAGUACCGUAGCUUCGACCUGCUGGCUGUGCAGCCGACCACAGAGAAACUCUUCCAUGCAGCCUGUAUGUUGUAUGAUGUUGACAUCAUCUGUAUCUCAGUCACAGAGAAACUUCCUUUCUUCUUCAAGAGAGCACCGGUCAACGGGGCUGUAGACAGAGGCCUGGUGUUUGAAGUGUCGUACUCUACAGCCAUCAGAGACUCCACCAUGAGACGCUACACCAUCGCCAACGCCGUCAGUCUGAUGGACAGCUGUAAGGGGAAGAGUGUCAUCCUGUCCAGUGCAGCUGAGAAGGCUCUGGAGCUCAGAGGUCCAUAUGAUGUCACCAACCUAGGUUUGUUGUUCGGUUUGUCAGAUGGAGACGCUAAAGAAGCCGUGACCUCGACCUGUCGCUCAGUGCUGCUGCACGCAGAGACCAGGAGGACGGCCAGUGGGAUCAUCUACACCAUGAGGAGCUGCAGUGAGUCAUCCUGCCAGCAGGAGGCUCCGCCGCCCUCUGAAGGUGAAGCUCCUGCUGCCAAGAGACACAGACCUGCUCUGACUGAGUGAUUGACAGCUGAGGAGGGCGGGACUUCUAGGGCUGACAGGCAUUUUCUUGUUUCAAUCGUAUAAACUUGUUGAUUGACAGGAGAAGAUUUUGAUUUUCACGAAUUUUUCCUGUGAACUGAUUCAAUGAUUUCUGAUUUGACUUUUAUGAUUUUGAAAUAAACAGUUUGAAGA